AGGGCCCCUCCCUCAUCCCGGCAUGCACCGGGGAGCAGGGCCGGCCUUUCGGUGGGCCAGGAAGAUGGCGUCCUCUGGCCCAGAGCCGCAGAUCCUAGUCCAAUACUUGGUGUUACGAAAGGAUCUAUCGCAGGCCCCAUUCUCCUGGCCGGCGGGCGCACUGGUAGCGCAGGCCUGUCACGCAGCCACCGCGGCCUUGCACAUUCACCGCGACCAUCCCCACACGGCCGCAUACCUCCAGGACCUGGGGCGCAUGCGCAAGGUGGUCCUCGAGGCUGCCGAUGAACGCGCCCUGAAGGAUCUGGCUGAGACCCUACAACAGAAGAACGUUGACCACAUGCUGUGGCUAGAACAGCCGGAGAAUAUCGCCACUUGCAUUGCGCUCCGUCCCUACCCCAAGGAAGAAGUGAACCAGUAUUUGAAGAAGUACCGAUUGUUCAAAUGACUAAGGUUAGCAGUUGCCUUGAUGUAUUUGAGCAUCAGCUGGAUCCAGAAACUUCUUGCCAUCCAUCCCUAAGCAUCAUGUACUCCUCUCAAAGGCAGUUCACCCUUCCUUUAAGUUACGAAUGUUUCUUGAGGGUCAAACCCAUGUUCUUAUUAAAGUUGUCAUUAAGAAGUA